AUGAGUACAAAUUUUGCUACUCGGUACAAAAAGGAUCUGAGUACCGCAACCCUCAAGACGAAACUUGUCCGCCGAAAGUCCGUCUUCCAGAAGGAGAGCAGGCACAAUGAGUUCAAUAAGGGCAGGCAGUUUGGCUUAAUUGAUGCCAAUAUACAGUCAUCAAGAGGCAAGGAGCUUUCUCGGUUAGAAGAGACAGGCGAAGGGUACUCCUCAAAGAGCAAAGGAAAGUCAAGCCAGAUCCCAAUUGCUGCAUCUAAGACUCGUGGACAGGAGCGCCUGGAAAUGCUACAGCGUUACAAAGCCGAAAAAGAACUUCGCAAGCUGAAAGAGCAGAGAGACAAGCCUAUAUUUAAAUGUGGGCGAUUCAAACCGGAGGACCCUGGCUUCCUCUCAAAAGCAUCGCAGAUCCCGUUAUUGAGCAAGCCAAAGGAGAAGGAAGCACCACCUGUUGUGCGGAUGACAAGAUCGAGGACAAAGAACCAAUUGCAAGAACCAGUUGGACCAUCAACUAGAUCACACCUUUCAGCAACUUUUUCUGGCAGCCGUCUGCAAACAGGUCAGCAUAUCCACGUAGACAAACCUCCCAGAAAAGAGAACAAAGAGGUGCAGCCCGCAGUCUCUACGACCACAAGUGGAAGAACUACAAGAGCAACAGCCGCUGCCAAGACCAAAAUACCACAGGUAUCGCGACCGGCCGUAAUUGCAGGUAAUCUGCCACAGAAGAGGAUACCGCAGAAAGGAAAGCAGCAGAAAGGAGUCAAAAAUGAAGGGACAACAGCGUUGCACGGCAUGAAAGAGAAUCCUCUAAUAGAGCUAGUGAAAGAAGAGGCGAAACCUCAAUCUGCUACCGACACAGAGCAGGACGUGGCUUUCCUUGAGAAGGAAAACCUGCCGGCAUCUCCCAUCCCAGCUUCUGCGCCGUCAAAGAGAACACGUUCGUUUGCCCCCCAGAACUUUGUGUUUCAGCCCCUGGAGGGUUUGACCACCUACAAGGUUAAACCAAUGAGCCCUUCCAGGGUGGAUGUGUUCUUGUCACCCAAUCUCUUCUGGAACUCCGCACAGACCACCAGCAAAGCCCCUGAAGAAGAUACAAAAGAACCCGUGACACAGGACUAUGGCCUAAACAACCAUUUCUCCGCUGCCCCAGAAGUGACAAAGGAGGUCCUUCAGGAGUGUCAGUCUGCCCUGGAAUUCUUGGAAGCUAAGACAGAAUGCGUGUCUAAUGAGAUGAGGGAUGCUGUUCCCGCUGAAAGGGAAAUCAGCCUGCUGUGUGCAGACCCGCCAGCAAUGGCCACGUCAGACCUGACAGGGGAGCUGCAGCAUGAUGUGCCCUACUUCAGAAACAUCCUUCGGUCCGAGACAGAGAGGCUGGCUUCGUGUUGCCUCGAAUGGGAUGGAACAGCUGAGAUGGAUAUCCCAGAGGACGCAAAAGAUCUUGUCCGCACCACCAUUGGGCAAACCAGACUGCUGAUAGCAGAGAGAUUCAAACAGUUUGAAGGACUGGUGGAUAACUGUGAGUUUGGACGUGGGGAAAAGGAGACAACCUGUACAGAUCUGGAUGGUUUCUGGGAUAUGGUGGACUUCCAAGUAGAGGAUGUAAAUAAGAAGUUUGAGAACUUGAGGAAGCUUCAGAUGAACGGAUGGCAAAUGAUAGACGAUGUCCAGGCUAAGAGACCUGCCAAGAAGAAGGCUGCUCCUCAAAGGGCCAACAAAGCACAGGGUGGGUCUGCCAAAAGGGCAGCAGCCCGAAAGCGUGUUGCAGCUAUAAAGGCGGCCGUGAAGAACAAGUUGAAGCAGGAGGGGCUGGCAAAAGAGGCUACAGGCCAAGAAAUGCCAACGGAAGCAGAGAAAGUGAUGUUCGACGCCAGGUUUUUCCACUUCAAUUCUCCUGCCAAGCCCUUUGCAGGCCGGACUCCUAAAUCUGUCAGCAGGAGUUCCCGACGGAUUUCCAGGCGAGCAACUCCAAGAUCUGCCCAUAAGGCCCUGCUUCAGAGUUGCGCAGAGACCUGCGUUGUACGGCUCAGCACACCGUCCGCGUCCCAAGCCGUUCCUUCUGUGCCAGAUCUGAAUGCGUGCUUGGAUCCUGGUGCACCUGGCCUACUUGGAUCUGUUUCUGAACAAAGUGACAUCCAGGCUGCAGAGGAAUUGCGGACCGCAACAGAAGAGCUAGCAGAGGAAACUACGGAUUCACGAGCAAACACCUGUGACAGGGGCUCACCCUCAAGUGACAAUGGCUUGGCUCCUGUCCGUUGUCAGGGGCUGGAAAGUCCCAGCGUUAUAAAGGAAGAACCGGAAAUUGAAGAAGAGAUGGAAGAAGCCGUUGCAGAUCUGGAAGAGCAGGGUGUUCUGUGCACUCCGAAGAAGGAUUCCCAGUCUGAAGGAAUUUGCUCUCCGGAAUUACACACUCCAGAAGGCCUCCUUCUCAGUAACUUCUCCUGUGAUGAUGGACCGCUUGAUCUCCAGCAGCCACACCCGGACACCAGCCUUUUCUUCACUCCUCUGGGGAACGAAGCUGCGAAAAUUGCUGCGGGGGCUUCGUCCAACGACCUCAUUGUAUUCUCUCCCCUCCCUCUGCCAGAUGGGGAGAAAUAAGGGGCUGGAUUAAUCCUAUCAACUUUGGGGUUUAUUAUGUUUGAGAGCAACUGCACCAGUGCACUGAAUAAA